AUGGGUUGCUGUGGCUGUGGUGGCUGUGGCGGCUGUGGCAGUUGUGGUGGCUGUGGCGGCUGCGGUGGCUGUGGAGGCUGUGGCGGCUGUGGUGGCUGUACCACCUGCACCUGCUACCGUGUGGGCUGCUGUUCUGCCUGCUGCCCCUGCUGCUGUGGCUGCUGUGGGGGCUGCUGUAGCCCCACGGUUGUCUGCUGCCGUCGCACUUGCUGCCGUGGCUCCUGUGGCUCUUGUGGCUGUGGCAAGGGCUGCUGCCAACAGAAAUGCUGCUGCCAGCAGAAAUGCUGCUGCAAAAAGCAAUGCUGCUGCUAG